GCGUGUUGUAUGUGUGAGAAAGAGUGAUGUCGAGCAGAAGAGGAAGUGCUUCAAAACUCACAGAAGAUGAGGUGAAUGACCUCAUCUUCAAACUACAGGCAUCUUUGCCACAUGAAUCUAACUCAACAUCUAAUAAAAAGAGAUCGGCAUCAAAGAUAUUGGAAAGGACAUGCAUUUAUAUAAAGAAACUACAGAAAGAGGUGGAUGAUCUAAGUGAUGUCCUUUCUAAACGUUUGGCUUCUGGAGAUAUCAAUGCCGCUGAUGCAGAACUCAUUGCCACACUUCUACAACUCUAAUCAUCUUUUAAAUUAAUAUUUUACCUAUAUAUAUUCCUACUCCUAGACUCGCAAUUUUAUGAUUGAUAGAUAAAACUACUACUUUCUAGUAGUAAUAAAUAAUACUAGUACUAUUGUAGACU